UUUUCCGUUCUCACAGCGGGUUGCUUCAUUUUGAACAGGCGCUGCGGGGACAGCUCUCGCCUGGGGUCCUUCCAUCGGACAACACAACGUGUGGACGGAGUUACGAUGGGUCGCUCAUCCAAAGACAAGCGGGACAUUUACUACCGUCUGGCUAAAGAGGAGGGCUGGAGGGCGAGGAGCGCCUUCAAGCUGCUGCAGCUCGACGACGAGUUCGACCUGUUCAAAGGCGUGAACAGAGCGGUGGAUUUGUGCGCUGCUCCUGGCAGCUGGAGUCAGGUCCUUAGUCGCAAACUCAGAGGUCAGGAGGAGAAGGGGGAGGAGGUAAAGAUUGUGGCGGUGGACCUGCAGGCCAUGGCACCUCUGCCUGGAGUCACCCAGAUCCAGGGAGACAUCACUAAGGUGUCAACAGCACAGGAGAUCAUACGUCACUUUGAGGGGAAGCCGGCCGACCUGGUGGUGUGUGAUGGAGCUCCAGAUGUUACUGGGCUCCAUGAUGUGGACGAGUACAUCCAGGCUCAGCUGCUAUUGGCUGCUCUGAACAUCACCACACACGUCCUCAAAGGUGGAGGAACGUUUGUCGCCAAGAUCUUCAGGGGUAAGGAUGUGACGCUGCUGUACUCUCAGCUGAAGAUCUUCUUCAGUGGUGUGACUUGCGCCAAACCUCGCAGCAGCAGAAAUUCCAGCAUCGAGGCGUUUGUCGUGUGUCAGAACUACUCUCCUCCUGAAGGUUACGUCCCCAACAUGUCCAACCCACUGCUGGACCACUCCUACAAUGUGGACUUUAACCAGUUAGAGGGUCCGAACCGUGUCAUUGUUCCGUUCCUGGCGUGUGGGGACCUCAGUGCCUUCGAUUCAGACAAAAACUACCCACUGCAGCUGGAUGCAGAUAAACAGUACCAGUACACCCCUCCCACCCAGCCACCUAUCUGCCCCCCCUACCAGCAGGCCUGCCACCUUCGCAAAAACAACCUGCUGUCACGAGAGGACGCUUCGUCUAUUUGUCCCAGCCAGAGUCAGGAUGAGCCAGGGCCCACCUGAUGUCAUGUCACUGCUGCUGACUGAUUCAACAACACAUUGAGUAAAGCUAAGAACGUUUUUGGCAGAUUUUAUGUAAAUAUUUUUAUUAAACAUUCUUCAGCAGAUUUUAAAUUUGAAAAAUAAACUUAACUUUUGUCCAACUUAGUCUUUGCAUAACGUCUGUAUAAUCAGGGUUACAGUCUUACUAACCUGUCUUUGCUUGGUUUAUAUUAAAUUUAAGCACUGAAACUUUAUUAGUGAUUUAUAAUGUUGCAUGUAAACAAUAUUUACUUGUACAUUUAUAAUAAAAUUUGGAAUGAAAA